UCCAUUCGGAUCACGAUGCAAGCCUUCAACAUGAUGUUUUCGAGUGUUGAGUAUCUGGUCCAGCGGCUGACCAAAGUACUCGACCAGAUUGAGCCGCUCACAGAUCAGAUGCGCCUCGCCUAUUUGAAUGUCACCCAGAUGACGCUCUAUCUGCAGGUGACUAUGGUAAAGCAGAUCGACGGCAUGGCCCAACAUCCGUGGGCAGAGUACCCUGAGUGGGAAGAGCAGCGCUUCAAAUUCCUCUUGCAGCUCUUCAAAAUUCUGCUGCUGCCAUUGCAGCGCCUGUGGAAUCCGCCCGUGGUGGGUGAUGACUUUAUAGCUCUGAUAUGCAAUAUAUGCUACGAUACAAUAAUUCGCACACCGAUGGACGACGGGAACCAAACUAUGUUUGAUCUUGUCUUCAUGAUUUUGGGCAUCUGCAUUAAACGCUUCAACCAUGACAAUGUCUUCAAGGAGCGCAUACUGCAGAUUCUACGGGACACCACACACGCCGCCAGUUCGGUGGCCAGAGGCAUCCUGACGAUGCACGACAUCCACGGAGUCAUCUCAAUCUUCUACACUCUGCUGAAAAUAAUUGUGGAGGAAAUGAAGCUGAAGGCCGAGGACACGCUCACGACAGUGUCCGAGCCCUUCUCCGCCUUCCUCGCCAAGUUCUCGAGCUUCGCUAAAGACGGUGUCCGUCGCUUCACGCGUAAUGGCGUCAUUGGCCAGUCCCGGAAGGAUCCGAGGCGCCUUUUCUUCGACUGCUUCUAUCACCAGAAGCUCACGAAUUUUGAUGGCAUAGCCAUGUGCGUGUUCGACUACAUCGAGCGCAUGUACCUUUUCCCCAAGGUGGUGGCCCGCUCACUACUCAAGGAGCUCCUUGAGCUAUUCGACAACAACAAAUACCUACGUGAAAGCACGGGGCCCAGUGAGAUUCUCCCCUUUAUGGUGACCCGAUUUUUGUUUUGCAUUGGUUACAUGAUCAUCCAGAAGUCGAUACGUCUCGAAAUAGAUUUCGAUACUAACGAGCAGUGCCCAAGCGAUGAGCAGACGGACCAGCCGAAGCCCCCCAAACUGGCGAGACUCUUAAUUAAUGGCGUGGCGAUGCAGGAGCCGUACGAGGAUGGCACGAUUAUCACCGCCGAUCAAAUGAACGUUCUCUGCGAGGAUAUGCUGAAGCUCAAUCCGGUAGGCCUAGUCCACCGUCUGAAGGCCAUUAUCCACGCUAUUAGCAUGAAGCCGAGCGUAAGCCGAGAUCCGUUGCUGCAGCGGGCGGUAGUCACCACAUUGGGGCGCCUGAUGUGCAUCUCGUCGAGCUUUUGCCCACUCAAAAUACCCUUUCUCAUGGACCUCCUCCAAUUGACCAGCAAAAUGAAGAUCAAGUGCGGCCCGGAUCUUACCAUGCGCUUCCCGAACGUAAUUGAAAUGUGGUCCUGUCACCUGUACUGGCAGGUGAGGUCGACGAAUGCGGAGCUGCGCCUCACGGCAGCUAAGAUAAUGUCGCACCUCAUGGUCAACGAUAUGAUACCCGUGAAGGAACAUUUAUCGGGCUUAGCACGCUGCAUAAUGGCCUCAGAAGAGGAGAUACAGGAAACCGCCAAGCAAUUCUUCCAGAUGUUCGCCAACAAGAACUUGAACCUCUUUUACAAAUUUCUGCCAGGCAUUAUCAUGCAGCUGGGCGAAAGCUCUCUGCGCGAGACUAAGAUGCUUUACAACCGAAUUGAAGUUAUAUCGUUCCUAAUGGGGCUCAUCCCGAGGGAUGGCAAUAUCGAGAAGCUAUUGAAUAAGCUCAUCUGCAGCUUAGGCGAUUCCUUCGACGGGCGCCAGUGUAGCGACAUUGCCCUCAGCCUCAGCCAUAUCAACUACAACGUGUCUUUGCUCACAAACUUGAUGGAAAAAAUGCAUCUCUACCACGUAAACCUGCAGCAGGAGGACAUCUACCAGCAGUUCUUCCAGAUCAUCCGCAACUCCCAACGACAGGCAACACCUGAGAUGAACGCCACCAUCGCCGAGUUCAAGAAGCGCCUCAGGGCAUCCCUUCUUACUUACAGCUUGAAUGCUUCUUCUAAGCUGCCCUCCACACGAAACUUCACAAUAUAAUACUCCCCUUAACUACAAAACACUUCUCCCGUUACCACCUUCUGUGGCAUCGGGUGCAUCUCAGUUAACAAAAUGACCAACCAAGACCAGGCAAACAUCACAGCCCAUGCGAGUAUUUCGACAGUGUGGUGCAAUGCAUACACAUAUGAAAAUCAAUUUAUAUAAAAAGCUAAAGCCAAGAAGCAAAGCCAAAACAUGUAGCCAACACCCCUCUGCCACUGGAAAACUCUUUCUCGUAUUUUUUUUGUUUGAGUUUUGCCAAUCAAGUGGCACUGCUGCCCCAACCUCCACGUCCGUUGUCGUUUGGUCAAUGAAUAAAUGGCAACUGUAAAUGAAAACAAUUCAAAUUAAACAUGGUCUAAAGGGAGGACCAAUGGAUCGGAUGGCAGUGGAUGGAUGGAUGAAUGGAUGGAUGGUUGGUUGGGGCCAUAUGCCCCAUUGAAAACUGCAACAGGGGCAGCAACUUCAAAUGGAGCGGUGGCAGAAAAAAAUCAGCAGCCGCAACAGCAGCAGGGAAACAACA